AUGAGGCUGCUGUGGGUUUUAAGCCUGGCCAUAUUGGUUGCCUUCGUAGCGGGUGCUGAUGACACUGCCGAUGACUAUUACGAUUAUUACGACUAUGGUGAUGACUACUAUGGCGACUAUGAUGUAGAGUCUAGUUCGGAAAGUGGUAUUGGUGCAUCCGCUAGCUCAGAAGAUGAUGCUAGCACCUCCGAGUUCUUCACAGCUGACACAGCUAGUUCUUCAGAAACUGGAGAUAGUUCCUCCGCAGAAACGGCCUCCAAGUCAACUCCAACCAAGGCAAAGAAAGCCAAGAAAGCCGCUGCCCGCAGAAGUAGACGACGCAGGCGCACCACCUUGGCUCCAAGACGCUCCACCACCGCUGCUCCCAAACGCAAGGUAGUGGCAGCUGCGCCUGCCAAGAAGCAAACACCUGUUGCCCAAAAGAAGAAGACACCUGUGGCAGCCAAACGCACCGGAUAA